UUAAAAGAAAAUAGAACAUUUCCAAAACCUGGCCGACCAAUCAAAAGCGAGCGGGGAAGAGAGAGCUGCGGAAAGUAAAACCAAAGAAGAGAAAAAAGCCACACAGAGUAAGAGUGAAAAGAAGUGAGGGAAAGGGGAGGAGAGGCCCUGUGACCUCACACGACAUGUGACGUGGGCUCCUCCACUCACGGAGGCGAGCUGGAGGAUGGCGAGGAUGCAGAGAGAGCUGUGGCUUUAGCCGGUGCUAGCUAACACUGUCGCUCCAGUCAGGCCAUCACCGUGGGACACCACGUCUUCUGAAAGUGAGAGAAAACCUGGCUAACCUCAGAGCCCCUCCCUGCUGACGGACCAGACCAUCAGGACACCACAACUCCCUGCCACCGUACACCAGGCCGCAAACAAGGCACCCAGACCCGGCUCGGCAACGGUUGGUUGUUACCGACUGCAGAGAGGGCUCGCAACGGCUCUGGGACCCCCUUCAGCCACGAAAACAUGGCUUCCAACAGCAUCUUCGACUCCUUCGGCAACUACGGCCCGACUCUGCUAAGAGACCCUACCACCACCAGACGGUUCACACCGCCCUCCACGUCGUUUCCCUGCAGCAAGAUUGGAGACGGCAGCGGGACCAUGGGCACCCCUGGACCGCUGAGGACACGACCCGAGGCAAGGAAUGUGGUGGACGUCCUUGCAGACCACGCUGGCGAGCUGGUCCGGACGGACAGCCCGAACUUCCUUUGCUCUGUGCUGCCCUCACACUGGAGGUGCAACAAGACACUUCCUGUGGCUUUCAAGGUUGUCGCACUUGGUGAUGUGCCGGACGGAACUCUGGUCACGGUGAUGGCAGGAAACGACGAGAAUUACUCUGCGGAGCUGAGAAACGCGUCUGCGGUGAUGAAGAACCAGGUUGCCCGAUUCAACGACCUGCGGUUUGUGGGAAGGAGCGGACGAGGAAAGAGCUUCACUCUGACCAUCACAGUCUUCACGGGUCCCCCUCAAGUGGCCACCUACCACCGUGCCAUUAAAGUGACCGUAGACGGGCCCAGGGAACCCAGACGUGAGUACUUACAGGGACACAGGGUGAAGCUAGAGGAUCCUCAGAAGAUGCAGUUCUCUGACAGGCUGACAGAGAUUGAACGCUACCAGCGGGCCAGCCUGAGGAUGGGUCCUGCCAACACUCAGGCCCGUCCCAUGCACCAGAGCCACCUGGGACCCUCCCCACAGUCACAGAUACAAGCCCUGUGGUCUGACCAGAUUGACCCACCAGCUCUGAAGACUUGCAAAGUGGAGGACGACCUCAGAUGGUCAAGUCCCACAGCUGACCUCUUCCCCCAGAGGACCCCGUUCCCCUCCUUGUCCCCACUGACUGACCCUCGCUUCUCGGACCCACGCAUGCACUACCCUGGGGCCUUCACCUACUCAGCCAACCCGUCCAGCACGGGCAUCGGGGGCCUCAGUGUGACUGGCAUGUCAGCCUCCUCCCGCUACCACACCUACCUGCCCCCGCCCUACCCUGGCAACCAGAACCAGAGCAGCCACUUCCAGUCCAAUACCACCCCCUACCACCUGUACUACGGUACCGGGUCCAGCUCCUACCAGUUCUCCAUGGUGGCGCCGGGCGGGGCCGGGGGUGAGCGCUCCCCCACCCGUCUGCUGCCUUGCUCUGGGGCCUCGGCCUCCGGAGGGAACAGCCUCAUGAACCAGGGCCUGAGCAACCAGAGCGAGGGGGUGGAGGCGGACGGCAGCCACAGCAACUCCCCUACGGCCAUGAGUGCCUCUGGUCGCAUGGACGAGUCCGUGUGGAGGCCCUACUGACUGUCUGACAGCUAGAGGAGACGCACGAGGGAGGAGAGAGAGCACCAACGUUAAGUAGACGAAUGAACAAAGAAUUGAACCCCCCCCCCCCC